GUCAAACAUUUUGUUAUAUGUAUAAUGCGGUCUGGGACGUUUGCCUUCGCUCCUUCUGCCUUUGCGCACCUCACCAACUCGCUUUGAAAACCAGCUCAUGGGCAGAAUCGAGGCUUGACUGCCAAUUGUCUAGUUUCUGUCCAUCUUGGUCGCGUCAAAAUGUUCUUCUGGAUUGUCUGGGCGUGGGCUUUUGCCACUGCUGCUUUCGGUGCAGACUACAAAGUUGGGCAGAAGUUUCAAAUCGUCCUGAGCAAUGUUGUUGUAGCGCCCUCGAAUCCAUCGACAAAGAUUAUACCUGCCGACGCCGAGGUUUUCGACAUUGAUAUGUUUGAGACAGAAGCAUCUACAAUCGCCUUGUUACAAGCCCAAGGAAAAAUUGUCCUCUGCUACUUCAGCGCAGGCACCUACGAGCCGUAUAGACCCGACUCGGGACAGUUUCAAGCAUCGGACAAAGGAAAAGCUCUGCCAGAAUGGCCCGAUGAAUAUUGGCUCAAAGUCACCAGCACAAACGUGAGAAAUAUUAUGACGGCUCGAAUACAGUUGGCUGCUAGCAAAGGUUGCAAUGGCAUAGACCCGGACAAUACAGAUGCCUAUGCAAAUCCGACUGGCAACACGACGGUUACCAUGGCUGAAGCGAUCGACUAUAUCAAGUUCCUCGGGGGUAUUGCGACAGGUCUCAACAUGACCAUCGGACUGAAGAACUCGCUUCAAAUCCUCUCGGAUGUUUCUGAUACGAUCUCGUUCGCUGUGAACGAAGAGUGUGGAUUCUACCAGGAAUGUUAUUGGUACAAAGACUUCAUAGCGAGCAAGCCAGUGUACCAAAUCGAGUACCCAACUCCACUUCCUCCAUCCGCCUCAGUCCGCACUUCGUCUUGCGCUGUAAACCCAACGCAGCCUGCGGGGUUGAGCUUGGUCUUCAAAAAUUUGUCGUUGGAUGGAUAUGUAUCAUAUUGCGACGGUAGUUCUGACACUACGGAUACCAAGCCCGGUGAUGCCAAUGCGCCACCUCCAAGGUCGUCCAAAACCACUGUACAUCCUCAUCCAAGCACUACCAGUUCUAGGCCAACGAGUUCAAAGCCAAGCCAGACCAGAUCCAGUACUACAUCGAGACCAACGAGCUCAAGACCACCUCAAACAACUCCUUCAUACAGCAGUCGGACAACAUCAUCUGCCAUGCCUUCGUCCCCAUAUCCAUCCCAAACAAACCAACCUGGUGGGUGUAUAGCAAAACACUGGGAUCAAUGUGGUGGACAAAAUUGGAAGGGAUGCACAGUCUGCGCCUCAGGUUUUACAUGCAAAUUUUCGAAUCCAUACUACUCUCAGUGUCUAUGAUUUUUUCGCUCUCGGUUUUGGGAAGGUUGGAGCAUUGC